CGAGAGCGACAGGGACGAACGGACACGUGCUGGGGCGGGUGCCUGGGUCUCAUCGCCUCCAGCCCGGACGCGCCGGGGCGCCGCCAAUGCCCGGCUGAGUCACGGGCCGGGCAGGGCGCGUGUGGGAAGGGGCGGAGCAGUACGAGGGCGCUCGGCGGGGUUCGGCCCGGGCCGCAGGUGACCGGGACAGCCUCGCCGCCCACAGCUCCCGAUCCCGGGUGACCUGGUGCCGAGCCAGCUGCGGGGCGACCGCAGACUCCACGGAGAAGGGCGGAGCGCGGGUGGUCCCGGCCGGCUGACUUCGCGCUCCCGGGCACCGCAAGGUACAAACUCCAGCCGCGUCAAUCCCGCACCCACCCUCUCCCAGCACCUCCGCUUUCUUUGUUCCACUAAAGGGAACUGGUUGCCGCUCCGCAGGGCAAGACCAACGAGGAUGUUUCUGAAGAGAAUUGAGACGGUUUAACAGAAUGCCCAGCACGUGAUCAGCUUCUCACAAUGAAGGCCCCCACUGUGCUAUCACCUGGCAUUCUGGUGCUGCUGUUGACGUUGGUGCAGAGGAGCCAUGGGGAAUGCAAGGAGGCCCUCGUGAAGUCCGGGAUGAAUGUGAACAUGAAGUAUCAGCUUCCCAACUUCACCUCAGAAACCCCCAUCCAGAAUGUUGUUCUGCACGGGCAUCAUAUUUACCUUGGAGCCACAAACUAUAUUUAUGUUCUAAAUGACAAAGACCUUCAGAAGGUAUCACAGUACCAGACUGGGCCUGUGUUGGAACACCCAGAUUGUUUUCCGUGUCAGGACUGCAGCAGCAAAGCCAAUUCCUCAGGAGGCGUCUGGAAAGACAACGUCAACAUGGCUCUGCUCGUUGACACGUACUAUGAUGAUCAGCUCAUUAGCUGUGGCAGUGUCAGCAGAGGUACCUGCCAGCGGCAUGUCCUUCCUCCUGACAACCCGGCUGACAUACAGUCCGAGGUUCACUGCAUGUUCUCUCCAGAUGUGGAUGAAGAGUCAGGUCAGUGUCCUGACUGCGUAGUGAGUGCCCUGGGAGCCAAAGUCCUCCUGUCUGAAAAGGACAGGUUCAUCAAUUUCUUUGUGGGGAAUACGAUCAAUUCUACCUACCUUCCUGAUCAUUCAUUGCAUUCGAUAUCAGUGAGACGGCUGAAGGAAACCCAGGAUGGUUUUAAGUUUUUGACAGACCAGUCCUAUAUUGAUGUCUUACCUGAAUUCCGGGAGUCCUACCCCAUAAAGUACAUACAUGCCUUCGAAAGCAAACAUUUUAUUUACUUUCUGACUGUCCAAAAGGAAACCCUGGAUGCUCAGACUUUUCACACGAGGAUAAUCAGGUUCUGCUCUGUAGACUCGGGGUUGCAUUCCUACAUGGAAAUGCCUCUGGAGUGUAUUCUCACGGAGAAAAGAAGAAAGAGAUCCACAAGGGAGGAGGUGUUCAACAUCCUCCAAGCUGCAUAUGUUGGGAAGCCAGGGGCCAAUCUUGCAAAGCAGAUAGGUGCCAGUCCGAAUGAUGACAUUCUCUAUGGCGUGUUCGCACAAAGCAAGCCAGAUUCUGCUGAACCCAUGAAUCGAUCGGCAGUUUGCGCGUUCCCCAUCAAGUAUGUCAAUGAGUUCUUCAACAAGAUUGUCAACAAAAACAAUGUGAGAUGUCUCCAGCAUUUUUACGGACCCAACCAUGAGCACUGUUUCAAUAGGACCCUGCUGAGGAAUUCGUCAGGCUGUGAGGUGCGCAGUGACGAGUAUCGGACGGAGUUCACCACAGCUUUGCAGCGCGUCGAUUUAUUCAUGGGCCAGUUCAAGCAGGUGCUCUUGACGUCUAUAUCCACCUUCAUCAAAGGCGACCUCACCAUUGCCAAUCUGGGGACGUCAGAAGGCCGCUUCAUGCAGGUUGUGCUUUCUCGGACCGUACCUUCCACCCCUCACGUGAACUUCCUCCUGGAUUCCCAGCCUGUGUCUCCAGAAGUUAUUGUUGAACAGCCAUCAGACCAAAAUGGCUACACACUGGUUGUCACAGGGAAGAAGAUCUCCAAGAUCCCACUGAAUGGCCUGGGUUGUGGACAUUUCCAGUCUUGCAGUCAGUGUCUCUCCGCCCCUUCCUUUGUGCAGUGUGGCUGGUGCCAGGAUCAGUGUGUGCGUUCUGAUGAAUGCCCCAGCGGCACAUGGACUCAAGAGGUCUGUCUGCCUGCAAUUUAUAAGGUUUUCCCCACUAGCGCGCCCCUUGAAGGAGGAACGAUGCUGACCAUAUGUGGCUGGGACUUUGGAUUCAAGAAGAAUAAUAAAUUUGAUUUAAAGAAAACCAAAGUUCUGCUUGGCAAUGAGAGCUGUACCUUGGCCCUAAGUGAGAGCACAACAAAUACGUUGAAGUGCACAGUUGGUCCUGCGAUGAGUGAGCACUUCAAUGUGUCUGUAAUCAUCUCCAACAGUCGAGGGGCAACACAAUACAGCACAUUUUCCUAUGUAGAUCCUGUAAUAACAAGCAUCUCUCCAACUUUUGGUCCUAAGGCUGGAGGGACUUUGCUCACAUUAACUGGAAAAUAUCUAAACAGCGGGAAUUCUAGACACAUUUCGAUUGGUGGGAAAACAUGUACUUUGAAAAGUGUAUCAGAUAGUAUUCUUGAAUGCUACACCCCGGCCCAAACCAUCUCCGCCGAGUUUCCCGUGAAAUUGAAAAUUGAUUUAGCUAACCGAGAGACGAGCAGCUUCAGUUACCGGGAGGACCCCAUGGUCUCUGAAAUCUACCCGACCAAAUCUUUCAUUAGUGGUGGAAGCACAAUAACAGGGAUUGGAAAAAACCUGAACUCAGUCAGCAUCCCCAAGCUGGUCAUAAAUGUGCAUGAAGUGGGGUUGAACUACACCGUGGCAUGCCAGCAUCGCUCUAACUCGGAGAUCAUCUGCUGCACCACUCCUUCCCUGCAACAGCUGGACCUGCAACUCCCCCUGAAGACCAAAGCCUUUUUCCUGUUGGACGGGGUCCUUUCCAAGCACUUUGAUCUCGCUUAUGUGCAUAAUCCUGUGUUUAAGCCUUUUGAAAGGCCAGUGGUGAUCUCAAUGGGCAAUGAAAAUGUACUAGAAAUUAAGGGAAAUGAUAUUGACCCUGAAGCAGUCAAAGGUGAAGUGCUAAGAGUUGGAAAUCGGAGCUGUGAGAGCAUACACUGGCACUCCGAAGCUGUUUUAUGUACAGUCCCCAAUGACCUGCUGAAACUGAACAGCGAGCUAAAUAUAGAGUGGAAGCAAGCAAUCUCUUCAACUGUCCUUGGAAAAGUGAUCGUUCAACCAGAUCAGAAUUUCACAGGAUUGAUUGUCGGUGUAGUCUCAAUAUCACUAAUACUUUUAUUAUUACUCGGGCUCUUCCUUUGGCUGAGAAAGAGAAAGCAUAUUAAAGAUCUGGGCAGUGAGUUAGUUCGCUAUGAUGCAAGAGUACACACUCCUCAUUUGGAUAGGCUUGUAAGUGCCCGAAGUGUAAGUCCAACUACAGAGAUGGUUUCAAAUGAGUCUGUGGACUACAGAGCUACUUUUCCAGAAGACCAGCUUCCCAGCUCCUCUCAGAAUGGAGCAUGCAGACAAGUACAGUAUCCUCUGGCAGAUCUGUCCCCCAUCCUCACGAGCGGAGAUUCUGAUAUAUCCAGCCCAUUACUACAAAACACUGUCCACAUUGACCUCAGUGCUUUAAAUCCAGAGCUGGUCCAAGCAGUUCAGCAUGUAGUGAUUGGGCCCAGUAGCCUGAUUGUGCAUUUCAAUGAAGUCAUAGGAAGAGGGCAUUUCGGCUGUGUGUAUCAUGGGACGCUGUUGGACAAUGAUGGCAAGAAAAUUCACUGUGCUGUGAAGUCCUUGAAUCGAAUCACAGACAUAGGCGAAGUCUCCCAGUUUCUGACUGAGGGAAUCAUCAUGAAAGACUUCAGUCACCCCAAUGUUCUCUCGCUCUUGGGGAUCUGCCUCCGGAGUGAAGGGUCCCCACUGGUGGUUCUACCAUAUAUGAAACACGGAGAUCUUCGAAAUUUCAUUCGGAACGAGACUCACAACCCAACUGUCAAAGAUCUUAUAGGAUUUGGUCUCCAAGUAGCCAAAGGCAUGAAAUAUCUUGCCAGCAAAAAGUUUGUCCACAGAGACUUAGCUGCGAGAAACUGCAUGUUGGAUGAAAAAUUCACCGUCAAGGUUGCCGACUUCGGUCUUGCCAGAGACGUGUACGACAAAGAGUACUAUAGUGUCCACAACAAGACGGGUGCCAAGCUACCAGUGAAGUGGAUGGCCUUAGAGAGCCUGCAAACGCAGAAAUUUACCACCAAAUCAGAUGUGUGGUCCUUUGGUGUGCUUCUCUGGGAGCUCAUGACGCGAGGAGCUCCUCCCUAUCCGGAUGUGAACACAUUUGAUAUCACCAUCUACUUGUUACAAGGCAGAAGACUCUUGCAACCGGAAUACUGCCCAGAUGCCUUGUAUGAAGUGAUGCUAAAAUGCUGGCACCCCAAAGCCGAAAUGCGCCCGUCUUUUUCUGAACUGGUCUCCAGGAUAUCCUCAAUCUUCUCCACGUUCAUCGGGGAGCACUACGUCCAUGUGAACACUACCUAUGUGAAUGUAAAAUGUGUUGCUCCAUAUCCAUCUCUGUUGUCGUCCCAAGACAACGUUGAUGGUGAGGUGGACACAUGAUGGACAGGAGGCCACCAACCCCCUUCCCACAAACAGUGCUCAAGACCUUCCCCACCAGUUCUCACUGCCUGGCCUUUGAAAGGCCACCCAAUGGUUUUGUUGUUACUGUUUUGUUUCUGUUUUGCUUUUGCCAAAACUGCACCACUAUGAGAUACAGAUUUACUAUUGAAGUUCCUGGAUUCUGAAAAAAAAAUCUCAUCUGACAAUGCAUCAGAAAAGGAAGCAUGGUCCCCACAGGCUGAGGACCAAAGGCUACUAAGGCUACGACAACACUCCUAUCUCUUUGGAGUUCAAAACCUCAGUUCUGGGUUGAAGUUUUUUAAAGUCUUAUUUUUGGUAAGGAAGUGAUACAGUGGACUUUGAAGACUUCUCAUAGAAACCUCAGAAGAGGGAGCCUCGUGCAUGACAGAUGUGGUGGCCCCAGCAGGCUGCUUGUUGGGACCUCAGUGUUUUUAAACGUAUUUUGUUGUGUUGUGGUCGUGGAGAUUUUCCAUUUUCGAUGUUGUCCACCCAUCAAAUGAACAUUCCCUUUUAAACUUUCAUAUGCACAUUCCUUUGGUUGCAGGAACAUCCACAAACGAUGUACUUAUUGUCAAGAUAGCAUGACAUGAGGUGUGUUCAUAAAGUAUCAGGGAUUUUGUGUAUUGUACAUAGAUGGCUAUAGGAAGAUUUUUUCACAAACAAAACUUUGUUACAGUAAAAUAUUGUCAUUUAAAUCUCAUAUGCUUAGCCAGGAGCAGUGGCUCACACCUGUAAUCCCAGCAUUGGGGAAACUGAGGCAGACAGCGUACCACAAGUUCGAAACCAGCCUUGGCCACAUAAGGAUUGACAGGCCAGUGUGAGUGAGAGUUGUAAGACCCUGUCUCAGCAAACAAAAAUUCAACUGUUUGAGAGAGAUUUUGUUGUGAUCUAAUGAGUGUGGACACAUAGUUGUUUUUUUUUUUAAUUUGUUUUUUAAAUGACAACUCUGAAAAUGAAUAACUUGUGGUGAUAAACCUGUGGAAAGGCCACUCAGUGUGUUUUUAAAGGACAAGAAAACUGAAAGUUUCACUAUUUCCUGUCAUGGCUUGUGUGGAGAGCAAAGAAAGGAUCUAUGGGCUGGAAAUAUUUACUCUUUCUCAGGUGGAGACUUCUCAUCUAAACCAAUUGGCGGCAACACUCUUGGGGAGUCUCAUUUUUGCAUUAGGACACAUUGUAGGUUAAGCAAAAGCAUAUUUUCAAAACAGACAAAAAGCCACUUGAAAACCUUGAAUGACUAGCUCCUCUGGACAAGACUUUUGACACGUUUUGCUCUGUGGAAUUUUGUGCUUUACUACUGUAUAGUGCAUGUGGCUUAGGUUACUCUAGCUGGUUUUGUCCGUGUAAACAUUGAAAGUAUUAUAUUUUUAUAGAAAUGUUUAUUUUUAAUGAUGUAAGAAAAUUGUCAUUAGGCCACAAAAAUACUGCACUGUGAACGUUUAGGAAGAGGUAUGUGAGAGUUGGAUUGCCAGCGGCAUGAUUUUUUCCUACAGGGCUGUAAAUUGUGAUAAGGAAGUGCUCUGAUUGCCAGCACACCCCGCCCUCAUUACAUCAUCAGGACUUGAAGCCAAGGGUUAAUAGAGCAAACUGUGACAUGGGUGUGCUCUGCUGAAACCCAAUAGUUGGACUUGGCUGUUGUUGCAGGAAAAAUGAUGGCCAUCAAAAGGUCUUUGAUGGUGGUGGAACAUACCAGAAUACAUAAGGAGCUGUAGCGCAUAUUUAUUUCAAUGCCGAUAUUACUGCUUUGUGAGUAUGAAGAGUAGUACUAAUUUACAGAGCGUUGUCAGGUGGAUGGCAGAAAACGACCAUCUGCUCUGUAAAAAGAAGGAACUAUCUCUAUGAGGGCAGGAAAAGAACAGAAAGAGCUGCGGAAGCCACCCAUAUCUGUACAUACCUGCGCAAGAAGCGGCAACGUGAAAGUCACCUUUUCUAUUUAUGAACUUCUCUAGGGUAAUGUGUCUGGACCGACUGCGCGAGUCAAUCAUUCUUCUAAGAAUUAGAUACUUGUCACUGCCUAUACCUGCAGUUGAGCUGAAUGGUACUUUGUAUGUGAAUAAUUGUUCUGAGAAAUCAUACAGUUAAAAUAAAGUGACGUAACAUCUUGUCUACUGUGA